AUGAACGGCGGACGGUUUGACUUCGACGACGGCGGCACCUACGUCGGCGGCUGGGAAGAAGGCAAAGCGCACGGCCACGGCGUCUGCACCGGACCCCAGGGCAAGGGCGAGUACGCCGGCGCCUGGCAUUACGGCUUCGAGGCACGUUCAAUAUCAUUGGAUUUUUCAAGUCCAAAAUGUCCUGUCGCUCCAAGAAACUGUCUUGGAGCAAAAUUAACAUUCAUUCUUUCACUAGGUGGUGGCAUGAUGAAAAUGUCGGUCGGUUCGGGGUUUUUUUUUCAAUUUUUCAAUGUUGGAGAGGGUUUUUUGAAAGUAUCAAGUUUUUUUAGAGUACAUUUCUUCAUAAUAUGACUUUUUCAAGUUUGAUUUUUGGAAAAAAAAAACCCUAAUCGACUUUUUAAACUUGCCUUUUCAUUUUUCUCUUCGAGCCCUCUGAUAAAUUUCGAUUAUCACAGGGGUGAUGUUUUACAUUGAAGUUUUUUGGAAUAAUCCGAAAAUUACAAACAGAUCACCGCAAAGAUGAUCGAAAACCUUUAUUCAAGUAAAUAAAACCAUCAUUUUGUGUUUUAGCAAGCCUAAGGAUUAAUUGACUAGGCGACUAGAACUUACGAAGCUAUAACGAAAAAGCGACCAGGAGAAACUAGAAGUCCAACCUGUUGUUGAUCAAACUGAAAGCAUGAUCUGACGACCCUCCUUCUUGUUCUUCUGCCCGUACUUGACCUAGUUGCUUUUCCAAGAGGAGCUCGGAAUGUAGUUGAUGUUAAAACUCGAGCCUGGAGCCUGAGACCUUGAUCUAGGUGGCAGCCUCGAAAUGAGAACAGCCACUUCGAAAUAAUACUUUACACGAAAUCAAUAAUGUUUCUCGAUUGAAAUUCUGAUUUUGCAGGUCUCUGGUGUGUACACGUGGCCGUCGGGCAACACUUACCAGGGCCAAUGGCAGAACGGAAAACGGCACGGACUCGGCGUCGAACAGCGCGGCCGUUGGAUUUAUAGGUUUGUCUUCAUUUUUUCUGAUUUUCUCUCGGUUCUGUUGUAAUAAACACACUUCUGCUAGAUAAACUUUCCCGGUUCAUUUUUCGAUUUUUUUAAAGUUGUUUUUUAAAAGUUUAUUAAGAACUUCUUUCAGUACUUCAUCAAAAAUGGAAAACUUGAGGGAAUUUUUGAGAAAUCUGAACUUUUUUUGUGGUUUAAACGGGAUACUUUUUUGAUUAUGCGGUUAUGAUGGCUAUAUAAUAGAAGAAAGGGUUUUUAAAAAAAUUCAGCUUUUUCAUUUUUUUAAAUAUUGUAAAAAUUUUUUUAUCGGUUUUUUUGUGAACCAUAGUGAUUUUUUAUUUUAAAUAUUCUGUUUGGUGUUGGUUUUUUGUACGUUUUCUGAAAGUGAAACACUGAAAAAAAAGUGAAUGUUGAGAAAAGUUUCAAACAGCUGUUUUUUCAAGUUUGUCUCGUUUUUUAAAUAUCUUAUGCGCGUUGCAAUUUUAUUAUUGAAUUUCAUGAAGAACCUGUGGUUUUUUGGAAAUCUUUUGAUUUUUCCUACUGAUUUUUUUUUCGUAAUUUUUGGAUGUUUAGGGGAGAAUGGACACAAGGCUACAAGGGCCGUUACGGCGUGAGGCAGUCGAACAACUCGCAGGCUCGAUACCAAGGCACCUGGUCGGCCGGAUUCCACGACGGAUAUGGCACAGAGAUCUACGUCGACGGAGGUGAGGAAAUUCACAAGUUUGAGGAAAAAGUAUUGGCGCGAGUUUGGAGCAUCCAAUUUUUUUUUUCCAACUAAUGUGUUUUUGCACUGUAGGCCGAAAAUUUGCGCUUUUUUUUCUAGGAAACUUUUAAGGUUAUUUUUUCACACACUAGUUUCUGAAAUUAAAUUAUUUCCAUGUUUCUCUUCCCAUGAAAGGACAAAUAUGCUGUCAGACCCUUGGAAUAUUUCGAUUUUGAAGGAAACUACCAAGGACAAUGGCUGCGAGGGAUGCGGCAUGGGUACGGCAUCCGGAAAAGCACGACGUACGGCAACGCGGCCAAGUUCCGGUCGAAGUCGCACACGCACGCGUCGCUGACCAGCUUGCGAAGCGGUCGCGUCGAGGACGAGGAGAAAAACGAUGAGCAUAGUGCGUUUUCUUAUUUUUGAAGAAGUUGUGAGCAAUCUAUCUUUUCUGAGGGUACUGUAGACCGCCUUUUUACCGUUUAUAUAGUUUAUUUCAAUUUAUUUUUUUAUUUCAAGGCAACUUCUUUUUCGUACUUUGAAUUUAUUUGAAUUUAUCAAAAACCAAACAUUUUUGAAAAUUCUCAUGUAUUGAUUCAGGUGGGAAUAAGGAAUUUUUAUGGUGUUAUCCUCUUGCAAAUAAAGGUCAGCUAUCGUGAGAAAAUUGAAGUCGAUUUUCACUCCCUAGCCGAUUUUAAAUAUGACUAAACCGAAAAAGAAAUGUUGAGCGAUUGAUUUCGAAUCAUUUUUGAGUCUGAAGUUUAGUUUCAUCAUUUUCCAACUUUCCGUCGAUUGCUAUGAAUGGAUACGGUUACAGAAGAAGGGACAGACGGUCGCGGCGGAUUCGUCCUUCGCGCUAACAGCGCCGCGCCGCAGCGUCGCCGUCGGUCGCUCUCCGAAAGAAGUCUUGCCGUCAAACGGACGCUUCUUUCGGGUCUGCGAAUCAAGAAGCAACACUCGACCGGCGACAUCCAUCAGCGUGUUACCAGCAUGACAGGUUUUGCAGUUUUCUUUUUUUUAAUCGAAGUUUUCCAGUUUUUUUUUUCACUCAACGGAUAGUUUUUUAAAAGUCGCCUUUCGGAAAAUUUCAAAAACGCAAAUAAACCAACCUUUGAAAAAUUUUUUUGGCAUGUCUUUUUGACGAUUUUUUUUUGAUUCGAAGAAGUUUGAGAGAUCAGAAUCAAAGUUGAGAAAAAGGAACUCCGAAGGAAUAAAAUAAGAAGAGGAGAGUGAAAAUGCUCAAAACGCGAAAGUUGUUAGGUAACUCGAAUUUGGCACGAUUUAAAAAAGGCAAAAAAAAAGAAGUAAAAAGCAGAUUAUUUGCAAAAUAACAAAGAAAAUAUUUUUUUUUCCGAAUUAAGAAAGUUCUGUCCUUUUUAAAGAAAUACUUGAGAGGCACCAAGUAGUCACUAGAAUGGUUUUUCCUCGAAAGGAACCCUUGGGAAAUGUUGAAAAAGUUUAUGCUUCUUAUGAUUUUCUGAAAGAAAACUUUGGGCAUAUAAAAGAACGAAUUUAACCCAAAAUCUUAGUAGGAAGCCUGCGGUCGAGCGGAAGCACGAUGAGCUGCACCAGCGAAGAUUCCAUCCACGGACAUCAUGGACUCGCCCCCGCUGAGGUUCUUUUUUCGUUCCGUUCUUUUUGUUCCUGUCUCUCACUUUUUUAUUCAAUCAUUAUGUUUUCCUCUUUCUUUAUCAAAUGCCAUACUAUGUUGAUAAGAAGAAAAUCUUUACUUUUCUAAGUUUUUUCCCUUUUUCUUUCUGAAGAUUGCUUGCAAUUUGCGGCCGCUUGAACCGCUUUGCAAAUCCUCCUCCACACACGACGACUUUCCGCCCCACGGGCCGUUUUGGUGUCGAAUUUCGCGGGGCGAAAUGCAACCGCUUUGGAUUCUGAAGAAUGCUUCUGCAUAUCUAUAUGGCCGGGGGCAGAAAUUCGUCUUCAAGGGACUUUUCUUGAGAAUUUUUGUUCUAAAAAAUCUUUUCAAAUCAAGUUUUUAUGUGCCUAACAAGAAAAACAGUCUAGAGUGAAGUUUGAUUUUGAAGGAAUUUUGGGCAAAGCUAUAGAGAAUGUCUAAUUUCACAAUAACCUCUCUUGAUAGUUGGACAUAAACGUAUAUGGGGCUUAGAAGACUUUUGAAACUGUCGAAGUAUUUUUUAUUUUUAUUUUCGGUAUAGCAGGAUUGACUAAUAGGGGAAGUAUCGAUACCAGACUUCGAUGAAUAUUUGUACAGAGGUUCUUUCUUGUAGCUGAUUCCAUGAAUAACUUGGUGCAAGUGCAAUUUUUGUCUUUGAUGAAGUCAUGAACCUUCCCAAAAAAAUCCCCUUUCUCUCCAUUUUAAUAGUAGACUUCGAAGUUUGAGGUACCAUCACUUGACUAUAACCUAAGGUUCACAGUUUUUCGAUGAGUUCUGAAUCAGAAAAUUACAUCUGUUACAUCGAAUUACCGCCACCUUUCGCACUUCCGAAGUUAGAAACAGAAUAAGAAGAAUAGUUUCUGGAGUCCUUCUGGUACCUCAAACAUUCCAUAUCCAGUGAAUUAUCUGCUUUUUUUUCAACAUUUUUAACAACCCCAGCUCAAUUUUUUCCAGGAAGAAGUCGUUGACGAUGCUGUCACGGAAACCUACAUGGGCGAGUGGAAAAACGACGCCCGCAGUGGUUUCGGAGUUUGUGAGAGAAGCGAUGGAUUGAGGUGAUUUUUGGAGCUGCUCUAAACGAAUACAUGGGCAAGUGAAGAAGUUAAUUAGUCUGGAGAAAGGGUUGACCCCCAGAUGUUUACCAAAAUAAGAAGAAAAGGCUGAGUUUUGAGCAAGGCGAGGUAGUGUUGGCAAAAAUAAAAGAAAUUGGUAACCUAAAAGAGUUAAGGAUAACUUUAAAUUGAGAAAAUUUAGAAGGAAAGAUUGGUGGCUUUUUAAAAGGUCUGUCCAUGUAUUUCGAAGAGUUGUUCUGGAAUUUGAUUUUUUUUUUUCUGUUCUCAAAAGGUCAGGAUUUUCAAACAGACCACUUGUUUGCUUUUUUAAAAUUCUUGUUCCUUAAACCAUGAAAGGUUUGGAUUUUUAUUAAUACUUUUCAAGCCUCUGAUUUAAUAUCAAAUCGACUUUACUUGAAGAUAUCACGGCGAGUGGGCAAACAAUGCGAAGUGCGGCUUCGGAGUCACGACUCUUCGCGAUGGAACGUCAGUUUUUUUCUCAAUUACUUUAUUUUAUUGAGUUUUUUUUUUUUUUUCUUGACAUCAAUUUUGAAAGAUUUUUCCCGAGCAAUAAGAAAGUAUUGCAGGAAAGAAGAAGGCCGAUACAAGAACAACAUUCUGGUUGUGUCGACGCGGCGGAAAGGCGUCCUCUUCAUGCGAGCUUCCAAAUUCCGCGAAAAGGUCGAGCAGGCCGUCGGAACGGCGACGCGAGCCGCCAGCAUCGCCCAGCAGAAGGCCGACAUCGCCGCGUCGCGCACGUCGACCGCUCGCGAACGCUGCGAACAGGCAGCGUUUGUUGCGUCGCAGGCUCGCGAAGACUCCGAACUCGCCAGGAUCCACGCCAAGCAGUUCGAUCCCAGCUUCAAGCAGCCAGGUCGGAACCAGUGAACUUUCAGAAAAAAAUGUUUGGUCAUUGAAAAAAUAAUAACGUUGACCAUGCUAAACCAAAGGAUUGGAUAAGUAUUUUGCAAUAAAUGGUUUGAAUUGUUGUGGAAAAUUUUCCGGCUGAAGUUUCAUUGCUAGAAAAGCUUUACUCGAGUUUUAAAAAAUUUCGUAAAUGUUUGAACUCUUUUUUUCCUAAAGUUCCAUUUAACACUGAAAUUUGAGCUUUUUCGAUCAUUUCUUACCCUACUUGGACAUCGGUAACGCGAAACAGACGUGCUCCGGACGUUUCUGGGCGAUUCUAGGGAUCACUUAAGAGUUCUGAGGCUACUAAAGUGGUCACUCGAAAUUUCCCAGCACGUCCGAUUCGCGUUACCAAGGUCCGAGUACUGGGAGAUAUUUUUUCACAUCUGCCAAUAAUUUUCAACACUUUCUAAAGCUUUAAAGGUGUCAAAGGUAAUCCUGAAAGUCUGCUGAUAUUACCAAAAAAUUCAAUUUUUUUAAAGUUCAAAAAACUGGAUUUUUCGACCAUCUAUUUUUUUUUGUUCAGGAACAAGAAGAUUGCUGAAGGACAACAACGGCGGCGAGUCGUUCGGAACAGAUUUGUCCGACGCGAUUUCUUACUCGAGACAUCUGUCGCAGACCCACAGCAAGCAGCCUUCUUUCGAACAAGUUAGUCCUGAAAAAAUGACAAAAAGAGUUCAAAUCUCGUUAUAUAAAGAAUCAACUAUGAGAAGCAUUUUCAUUCUAUUUUUACGUUUAUUAUACUCCGUCAACAUAGUCCAUGUACGGAAAAAUGAAACUUUUCCUAUUGAUUCGAAGAUAAUUAGAAACCUGAGUGAAACGGGAAUUCAGCUUUUUCUUGGUGGGUAUUUUAUUUUGACCAUAAAACAUGAAUCAAAAUUUCAACAAAUUUGAUGGAAACCGAUUUUUUCGACGUUUUGAUGGUUCAUGGAGAGCAGCAAGAGAAACUUGGUGAUUUUUUUUCAAGUUUGUAUUUUUCUUACACCAUUAUUUUUUUCAAAGAUUUCUUUAGGACCAGUUAUAUUUCUUAAUAAAUCUUCUUUCGUUCCAAGCCUCUUUUUUUGAAAUCUUUUACAGUUCCGACAAAAAAAGUAUACGAAAAACGCUUUUUUUAAUUAAAACUUUGUUGAAUGGAGUUCAGUCUUUCUGGGAGAAGUUGUGAGCAAGAAAUUUCCCGCUUUUUUCGACGGUUCUGUAUUAGGUCCGUUCAGUGUGAUUUGGCGAUGUUUCUGUUAAAAGCUAUCAACUAUCAAACGAAAAAAAGGUUUUUUUUUUUGAAAGAGACCCAGAAUGUUUUUUUCGUCGAACGAAAGUUGCAGAAUGAAUUUACUCCAGACUCCUUCACAAGUUGUCAGUAGGAACCUGACCUUUUUCAGACGCUGUCGGUGGACAUGGCCGAGGACUACCCAUCCUCGUCCUCUCACCACAACACGGCACGACAGCCCAACCACGUCGGCAACAGCGUCAGCCAGCCCAACCACGUCAAGUAAUUCUUUCCUCCACAAAGACAAUUCAAUUUGAUCCUCUCUCGAGUCGAGACCUCAAGAACCUUAGCUUGUGAUAAGUCUCUAUUGAGUUAUCCGAACAUGGGCUUCUUUUUUUUUUUCGAAAGUUGAUCUUACGGUCUUUGAAGUCAGGGAAGUUCCACUUCUCUCUUUUUGGUGAUGACUCUUGAGAUUUUUUUUCCACUCAAAUCUUGGAAACUUCGGUACUGAGCUUUUUUUAAUUAAUAAUGCCCUGUUUGUUCAAUUUGACAAUUUUUGCGAUUCGAAAGGACAAAGUCUUAAAGUUGAUAUCUAAGUCGAUCUUACGGUCUCUGAAGUCAGGGGUCAGAUUCAUGAACUUUCAAGGUUUUUUUAUAUUGAGAAUUAUUGCUGAGGUCUGUAAAGACGCAAUGAUCUUAAUCUACGCGAGAUUACAGAAAAAUAUGUUUCAAAAAAAUAUGAUAAAAGUUAGUCAAUACUUUUUUUCGAUUCAUCCCAUCCUCAUUUUUCAGCUUCCAACUUCACUCGAACUAUGUUGGAGUUGCUGGGCCGAGUCAUUCGGACGUGGUCGAACUGGCCGCAGAAACGUCGACUCCGACGGCUAACCAUCACAAUGAUGUUGGCUUCUUCCUUUUGCAGAGACAAAACGUGUGACAUUUCAGGAUAAGCUCGGUGUUUCUGACCUUCACGAGACCGAGUACGAGAAUCCGAAGCUUCUGAUGGCCAAUCAGCAGCCGAGUUCUUCCUUACAGGCUCAACAUAUGAAUGCGCAGAGCUCUUCGAGAUUUUCUUUAAGGUAUUUUUGGGCUGAGAAAAACAAGUUAUUUCAAUCGGUUGUCGCUGGAAUCGUCAUUCUUGCCUUUUGAGAAAGCUAGCAAGCAUUUUUGUAGCAAUUUCGUACUUCCAUAGAACAAAGAAAAUUAAUUUUGCGCCCUUUUUGUCUGCAUUCUUUUCAUUAUUUUGUAUGGGAAUUGAGUAAUUUUCAGUGACGACCACUUUGAUCAGUACGUCGUGACGUCGGGCAAUCAGCCACGAUUGAAGAGGAACCGGCCGUCGUUAAUGCGACAGAGCGACGUUCACGAAGCGACAGCUGCGGUAAGAUCCGACUUCCGCGUUUCUGAGCUCCGAUCGGUUUCUUGGUUUCGAUUUGAGGGUGUUGGAGGGUUUGAUUCAUGAAUAGUUUUGGAUUCCAAAAAAGAAAUCUUCUUCCGGGAUUCUCGAAAUGAACAGGCCUUCACAGCAUCACAAGCGGGAAUAUAAACUUCUCACAAGAUAGUUAUGUUGUGUGAAAUUCUAGAGAAGUGUCUCCGAAAAACUUCGAAUUACAGAAACCAGAUGAUGACACUGAAAGAAUUUUUCUCAAAAACUCUUCAUUUUUGAGUUAUGGACUUAAAAUCUGACUUUUGAAUUUUCAUUUUGUACGUCAGGAUUUUUUCCUGGUCAUUUUUGAGAUAGUUGCUAAUUAAAAAGUAGAACUUGGUUGUCAGAAGUUUUUUUUUCCGGUUCAAAAUGAGUGAUAUCAUGCACUGUUCAAUAUCUGUGUGAAAUUGAGAUAAAGAAUUGUGAGUUUCCCAAUAUGAAAAAAACUUUGGUGGACAGACGAAAUUUCGCAGAAAAUUACUUUUAGCCUUCCUAGAAAUGUUUCAUAUGAAUAAAAGUUGUAAGAUGACAUAAAAACGUCUUUUUUACAGAGCGUGAACCGGCGGUCGACUCUUGCGUCGGCAAGAGACAGACAAGCAGCCGCGGAGCCGGUCAACGAGUCCAGCACCGACAAUAUGGGCAGCUUGCCAAAUUUGGCAGAGCUCGAAGUUGGCGGGGUGAGAAAAGUUUUCCCUUUUCCCGAUCCUCACAAAUUUUGAGAACAUCAGAAGGUCCAAGCAAAAAAAAUGUUUUCCCUUUUUUCGUUUUCUAUUCGAAAUUCCUUUCGAUUCACUUCAAGCAACUUUUCUGACUUUUUUUGCAAGUCUGUCUCGGGUUUUCGAGCUUUUUUGAAGUUCUUACUGACCUUUUCACAAAAACCUUCUUUGGUGGUUUUUAGAUCUCAGACUUGAAACCAAAAAAGGUAUUUUUGAUGAAUAAUAUAGAUUAAUACGAAAACAAGUCGAAAGUUCUCUGAGACGGCUCGAAAUCAAUUAUACAUUCCUCCCUGGGAGACGGCUCGAAAUCAAUUAUACAUUCCUCCCUGGGUUAAUAAGUCACAAAUUUUUUCGAGUGGAUUUGCGAACAAGAGCCUAGUUAAUCGGAGAACGUCAUUCGUUACAAACUUCAAAAGUGCAGGUACGGUUGCGACGUGAAGACGCGGCGCGACUGGCAUCUCAGCGACGACAAGAGGUUCUACGGGAACAGGAGGAGCAGGCGUUACUUCGCGCCAACCCUCUUCGAUACUUCCUGCAACCCGCUUUCAGGGUAUGUAUCUUCCCUUUCCACCCAAUCUUUAUAUUAUUUCCCAAAAAAAAAAGCUGCGGACCCCUCUGGUUCUCGAGAACAUACAUGUCGUAGUGUCCGCAAACUGAUAAUAAUUUAGAAACGCGGCAAAAAAUCCCAAAACUGAGGUAUGUUUCAUUUUUCGUGCUACAGUCGUGCACUGCAGUUGAAAGCUUUUGUGCUCCUUGGCCGAUUUCUCAGUUUUAUCCAGCUCACGAAAAGUUUCCGAUUCUUAAAGGUUCUCUCAAAAGACGUCUCUUUUUUGUCUUUUAUGAAUUUUUGAGCCAGAGACUUUUGAGUAAACUUUCAAGGUCGAAAAACUGUCGUGACUGGACAAUUGCUAUUGGAUCAGUUUUAUUUUCAAAAAUCGAACUGUGCGGAUUUGUUGCUUUUCUCGAGAACCAGAUAAGUUUUUUUGCACUAAUCAGGAGUAACAGAAACUUCACUUCUUCAUCCUUAUGCCAAAAAAAAAUUUAUUUACUUCCGAAAAAUUUUCGAUUCGUGGGUUUCCUUAAAGAAUGGGCUCUACAGUGAUCACUCGAACCGAUUUUUAGCCUACACUAAGAAUAACUGCCGAGAUAAACGCGAGACACUGGCGGUACAUUGACGAGCUCGCAAACAUCUCGCUUUUUUUCUCGCGCCGGUCUCGCAUUUUUCUGGGCGCCAGCUUGCACUUUUCUAGGCGCGAGCUCGCAUUUCUCUCGCAAUUUGAAAAUUUCCGAAAUGCAAGAUAAAUGCGAGGUCGCGCCGAGAAGAAUGCAAGCUCGCGCCCAGAAAAAUGCGAGAUCGCGCCUAGAAAAAAGCGACAUUUUUGCGAGUUAGUCAAUGUACCGCCACCGAGCUCGCGUUUAUCUCGUCAGUUAUUCUUAGUGUAGAAAAAAAAAUCUUUUGCAGCAGGCAAAUUUCACUGAAUCUUCUACUAGCUCGUUAGAAAAAAAAAUUCACAAAAACUUCAGAUCAUUUUGUUUCCAACCGAACUUUUUUGUUGAAACUUUGGUGACUGUCUGAAAAAAUGCCUAUGAAGUUUUCUUACUUGAAUUACAAAACUAUUUAGAAUUUAGCGCUUCAAGCACUUAAUCCUUUAAUCUUGUAUAUUUUCUUAAUUUCAAAAAAAAAAUUGAUUACAGGCGUGGCUGAUAAAAUGGAAGGUGCCGCUUUUGCUGGCGAUCGCCAAUAUCUCACUGCUCUGCCUCUUCUACAAUCUGCUCACUUACGACAAAAAGAAAAACCAUUAG